UUCCUUUAUGACAUAAACUACUUAGCUACUCAGAUCUUCAAAUACAGUCUGUGACGUGUACAAAUUUUUAUUCAGAAUUGAAGUUGAAUUUGAUCACAUUUCCAAAAUAUGAUUUCAGUUCGUUUACAAUCAUGGAAAAUGUAAAUGUCAAACUUAUCGCCUCGGCAUGCACAGCGAAUUUGAUGGCAUUCGCCAACGGCAAUGCCUAUGCUUGGUCCUCAACUGCACUGACCUCUUUAAAAAGCAACGAUACCCUGAGGAACCCCAUCGGAAGACCUGUAACGACUUCAGAGGAAUCUCUGAUCACAUCUCUGGUCAGUCUAGGAGCUAUGUGCGGCCCCACUUUAGCAGGGUUUCUCUCGGAGAAAAUAGGUCGAAAGAAUUCUCUUCUGUCUUUCGCUAUGCCCAUGUUGCUAGCUCAUUCGAUCCUAGCCUUCGCCACAAAGCCCCUGCAAUUCUACAUAGCAAGAUUCAUGCUAGGAGUAGGUGCUGGAAGUGUCUUCACUGUUAUUCCCAUGUACGUUGGAGAGAUUGCAGAAACCCGUAUAAGAGGCUUUUUGGGAUGCCUGAUGGGGAUUUUCAUAGCUUUCGGCUUACUUUUUGUGUACACGAUAGGCCCCUUCGUCACACUUAAAACCCUCAGUUUCAUCCUUUUGAUACCCCUCAUGGUGUUCCUUCUCCUGUUCAGUUUGUUUGUCCCGGAAACUCCCUAUUAUUACCUCACCAAAGGAAAAUAUAAGGAGGCAGAGGCCAGUUUGAACAAAGUGAGAAAAGAUGACCACUGCGCCAACCUAAAAGAGUUAGCCCUCAUGAGGGAAACUGUCGAAGAAUACUCGAACACUGGUUCGUCGAUAUCCGACCUACUGAAGAAUAGGACGUUCAAGAAAGGACUGACCAUAACGGCAAGUCUGAUGGCUUUGCAACAGAGCAUAGGUGUGACUAUCAUAUUUUGUUACAUGGAGACCAUAUUUAUAGAUUCCGGGAGCAAGUUCUCUUCCUCCCAUUCUACAAUAAUCGUUGGAGUGAUUCAAAUGAUAGUGGUUUCCUUCAGUGCUCUUUUGGUAGACAAGUGGGGAAGGAAAGUACUGCUGGUAAUUUCCUGCGCAGGAUGUUCCAUAUCCAUGUUCGUACUGGGUGUUUAUUUUUACAUGAAGGAUCAAAGAAUGGACGUCUCAUCUUUGUGGCUACUGCCAAUAGCAACAGUGAUAACAUUCACGGUGAGUUUCAAAUUUGGAUUGGGCUCCCUACCGUGGACUUUGGUCGGGGAAUUGUUCUCGAGUCAAACAAAGUCUGUAGCAGCUACGAUAACCACAACAGUGUGUGUCUCUUUAGCUUUCGCUACAACCUUUUUAUUUCCUACAAUUAAAGAAAUGAUAGGUUAUCAUGGUUCCUUUUGGAUAUUUUCUGGAAAUGCUCUCAUAGCUUGCUUGUUCUCUCUUUUCUAUAUACCUGAAACGAAAGGAAAAAAUUUUCAAGAAAUUUUAAAGAUGUUAGGGAAGUGAUAUCGAUAGAUCUGGUGAUAUAUAUUUUGAUAUAUUUUUUUAUUUAAAAUAAUGUUAACCUUAUGGCCCAAUGUAAAUUUGACAGUACUGUUUUAGGAGUUAAAAUUUUGUAUAUAAGUUGAUGUAUUCAUAAUAGAAAUUUUUUAUAUUAAUUAUGUGAAUAACAAUAAUAGUACUCCUCCAACUCUUUGAAGAGCUAAGGAUUAAUUCAAACAAAUAAACUGGUUGCCAAUAAAAAUUAUUCAUUCAUUCAAAAAUAUUCAUUCUGAAUUGUAUAAAUCAAAAUAUUCAAUAGAAAAUAAAAUUCGAUGUACAUAUAAACAUAAAAUGAUACUUCAAACUCCAAAACAUUACUCUCUUUGAAAUGUUAUAUAAGAAAUGCAAUUUCCACAAAAAUUGCAUCGAAUUAUAAGCAAAAUAUUU